AAUACUAGCGUAUGCACACAGCACACAUCACAGCCAAGCCCACAAAAGCAUCACAACAGCAAAACACCGACUACACAAGGGAAAUCCAUGGCCUCUGCCGCGCUCUUCGUCCUCGCCCCGGCCACCAUGAAGCCCCAGACCGCAUCGUCCGAGAAGGAGACGCACCUCAAGGUGUACUGGCACGACGUGGUGAGCGGACCGGACCCAUCAUCGGUGCCCGUGGCACGCGCGGCCACGACCAACACCUCCAAGACAGCCUUCGGCGUUGUCAUGGUCAUGGACAACUCACUCACCGAGGGGCCCAGCAUCAACUCAUCCAGGCUCAUGGGCCGCGCCCAGGGCACCUACAUCGCCGCCGGCAAGGACCAGCUCGCGCUGCUCAUGCUCAUGAACUUCGUCUUCACCUCCGGCAAGUACAACGGCAGCAGCGUCGCCAUUAUGGGUCGCAACGCCGUGUUCACCGAGGUUCGUGAGAUGGCUGUCGUCGGCGGUACCGGCGUUUUCAGGUGGGCUCGAGGGUACGCACAGGCCAGGACGCACACCUUGGACCUCAAGACCGGCGACGCCACCGUUGAGUACAAUGUAUUCAUCAUGCACUAGUCUCGGCCCUGCUCAAAUUGUACCCAGAGUUAAAUAGCAUGAAUAAGAAUUGUAUAUGCUCUGGAUGCUGUUUAACUUUGUUUAAUUUCAUAUAAUGGAGCUGCUUUGGGUGAUCCGUUUUCCAUAAUUCAUGUGAUGUCAAUGACAAUGAAAUAAAUGGUGUUGCUGUUUA